UGCUGCAUUCUCCUUAAUGAGCCCGAUGGCGUCUCCUGAGAGGAUGGAAGCUCCUUGAGGGCAGGGGCUGCUGGGAAAUCCCCUGAAGCUAGCCCAAAGCCUGCCAGGCAACCCUACCCAACAGGCUGCCACAUGCCUCCCCCCCCCCUCCAUCUGGCCUGCCUGACCCCAGGGUCCCCUGACACCAAGUAAGGCCAGCCUGUGAGUGUGGGCUAUGGACAGUUUGUGUCGCGUGGUCCUGGCCGUGCUAAGCCUGUGGCCCAGUCGAGCUGGGGCCUCUGCGCCCCCACUGCCGCCCGGGACUCCCCGAGGCGCCCCUGUCCCAGGCGCAGGCGAGUCCCGAGCUGAGCUGGACAGCGCCGUGCUCCUGUCCCGGGGGCUGCUGCGAGACACCCGGCAGCUCGCUGCGCAGCUGAAAGCCAAGUUCCCCGCAGAGGGAGAUCACAGUUUGGAGACUCUGCCCACCCCUGGGAUGAGCUUGGGGGCAAUGGGUGCCCUGCAGCUCCCCAGUGUGCUGACCCGUCUGCGGACGGAUCUCCUCUGCUACCUUUGGCACGUCCACUGGCUGCGCCGAGCCGGGGGCCCCGCGCUGCGGAGCCUGGACCCGGAGCUGGGGGCUUUACAAGUGAGGCUGGACCGGCUGCUCAAGAGACUGCAGAUGCUGAUGGCUCGGCUCUCCCUGCCCAAGCCUCCGCCCGAAGCCCCAGCCCCGCCCCUGGCCCCCCCUGGGUCCACCUGGGGGGGGAUCCAGGCUGCCCACGCCGUGCUGGGCGGGCUGCACCUCACCCUGGACUGGGCCGUGAGGGGCCUGCUGCUGCUGAAGGCUCGACUGUGACCUCGCCAAAGGGAAGAGGAGAAGACUGGGCCUCGGCCUGCCUCCCUUCAUGCCCUGUUUAAUUUAUUUAUUUAUUGGGGGCCGCGCUCUGGGCCCCCCAGAGUUGUCCCCGCCUCCUCCUCCCUGUGUGCCCCUUCCCCGCCUCCGCCUCCCGUGUACAGGACCUUGGACAGCAAUGCCUUAUAUUUAUAGCUAUUUAUUGGGGGGAGGGGCUGCUGGGGGACCCUGGGGGAGCCUCGGACUUCCGGCCCCUCUCUGGUCUGGGUUCCCUUCCCACCUCUAAGUUAUUUAAGUUAUCCCUUUCCUUAGGGCGGCGCCUGGCCUCUGUCAGCCAGCUGGCCCAGCUUCGAACCCUAUUUAUUGUAGUUCUUUUUCCUUGUGUUUUGUACAAAAGAAAUGUAAGAGACAAAGUUGGAUCAAUAAAAAUUGGCAUCUUC